AAUUAUAUUGGGCAUCACAAAUUUUCCUCCUUGGUUCCUGCUCUUCUCGUUUCUCGUAUCAAACGGAAAUCUAUGGCAGAAGGGAAUGGAGAGAUAAAAAUGGAAGAAAAACAAGAAAUGGAAAAUGUAGAACGGACAGAAGAUUUUAAUAAACUCAUGCAAUACGGGCUAGACGAGAAAGUGGCUGCCAAAUUGGAUGAAAUUUAUAAGACGGGAAAAUUAGCUCAUAUUGAUCUGGAUGAAAGAGCUCUUGAUGCCUUGAAGGAAUUUCCAGUUGAUGGCGCGCUAAACGUGCUUACACAAUUUCUGGAAUCUAACCUGGAACAUGUAUCCAAUAAAUCGGCAUACCUUUGUGGAGUAAUGAAGACGUACAGACAAAAGAGUCGUGCUGGUCAAGGUACAGGCACCAGCACGACACCUAAGGCUCCAGAUGAAGACAAAAUCAAAGUAAUUCGAAGAAUUGGCACAAUAUUUCGUUAUAUAUGGAAAUAUGAAGGAGAUGAAGAUUAG